GCCAGUGGUUGCUCCAGACUCUGCCUUGGUGGUGAUGGCAGCAGCCUCUGCCCCUUCGCUGGCGCUAUGUGGCCCCUGUUGGUGCUAGUGCUGCUGGGCUUGGCGAGCUGCGGUUCAGCUCAGCUAAUAUUUAAUAUAACCGACUCUGUAGAAUACACCAAAGAUAAUAAAACUAUUCUCAUCCCAUGCAUAGUCAAUAAUUUGGGGGCAAAGGACCUUGAAGAAAUGUUUGUAAAGUGGAGAUUCAGAGGUAAACAAAUUUUCUACUAUGAUGGAUAUAAAAAUGAAUCUCAGUCCACCAGUGACUUUUCGAGUGCAUACUUCGUACCAGACACACUGCUAUCAGGCAAUGCCUCAUUGAUUAUGGACAAGAGUGAUGCUGUCCCAGGAAACUACACUUGUGAAGUAACAGAAUUAACUAGAGAAGGCGAAACCACCAUAGAACUAAAAUAUCGUAUUGUUAAAACUCAGCUAUUAUUUAAAACAAUCAAAUCUGUAGACUACACCAAUGACAAUAAAACUGUUCUCAUCCCAUGCUUAGUCACUAAUUCGGAGGCAAAGAGCCUGAAAGAAAUGUUGGUGAAGUGGAAAUUCAAAGACAAAUACAUUUUCACCUAUGAUGGAGGGAAAAAUGAAGCCCACCCCAGCAGUGAAUUUUCGAGUUCGUACAUCGUACCAGACGCACUACUAACAGGCAAUGCCUCUUUGAUGAUGGACAAGAGCCAUGCUGUCCCAGGAAUUUAUACUUGUGAAGUAUCAGAAUUAAGUAAAGAAGGCGAAACCACCAUAGAACUAAAAUAUCCUGUUGAUAAAACUCAGCUAUUAUUUACUACAAUUGAAUCUGUAGACUACACCAUUUGCAAUGAAACUCUUCUCACCAUCCCAUGCUUAGUCACUAAUGUGGGGGCAAUGAGCCUUAAAGAAAUGUUUGUAAAGUGGAGAUUGGGAGAUAAACAAAUUCUCUUCUAUGAUGGAGAUAAAAAUGAAACCAAUCCCAUCAGUGACUUUCCGAGUGCAUACAUCAUACCAAAUGCACUACUAACAGGCGAUGCCUCUUUGAUGAUGGACAAGAGCGAUGCUGUCCCAGGAAACUACACUUGUGAAGUAACAGAAUUAACUAGAGAAGGCGAAACCACCAUAGAACUAAAAUAUCAUAUUGCUUUAUGGUUUUCUGCAAAUGACUAUGUGCUUACUAUUAUUUUCCCAAUGUUGGCUGUCCUUCUGUUCUGGGGAAGUGAUAUUGUGACACUUAAAUAUAAUUCCAAUAUUACAAAGGAGAAAAUCAUCAUUUUAUCUGUGGCUGGACUAGUUCUCAGUAUAUUAGUCAUUGUUGGAGCCGUUUUCUUCAUCCCAGGUGAAUAUUCAACAAAGAGGGCCAGUGGACUUGGUUUAAUUGUAGCUUCUACAGUAAUACUAAUAUUACUUCAGAUCUCUAUGUUUUUGAUAGCUCCAGCUAAAAGGAAGCUCCCCAUCAGCGUCAUCUUAUUGAUCGUUCAGGUGCUGGGCCUUUUGAUCUCUGUGGUCGGACUAAGCUUCUGUGUCUCAGAGUGCAUCCCAGUGCAUGGUUCUCUUCUGAUUUCAGGCUUGGGUAUUACAACCUUAGGGGCAUUACUUGGAUUAGUUUAUAUGAUAUUUGUUGCAGGUUCUAAGCAGAAUACUAUACAUCCUCAAACGGAUAAAAAGAACAGAAGUGAUGGACUCUGACUUGCAGAGUAGUAAGAUGUGAAAGGAAUGCACUUAAGUUUAAGGACCCUGACCUUGACUCACUCUCUGUUCAAGAGAAGAAAACAAGAAAAGUGACUCUCAUCUAUAAGAGAAAGUAAAUCAUUGAAUUUUAAAUGGUUAUUACAGUUUUUAUUCAAUUAUUUGUGAUUUAGGUAAUAAAAGUAUUAUGAUCUGU